AUGAAGGACGAGCAAAUUGUCGGCGCGGCCUUGGCCGAAGUGCUCCCCAAGACGAACACGUACUGGUUUCAGCAACCGCAUCUCCUGAGGUUGAACCUGCUGCUGCUGGUUCCAUUGCUGUCCUCAUCAGUAGCAGGAUACGAUGGAUCAUUGAUGAACGGCCUUCAAUCGUUACAGCAAUGGCGAGAAUACUUUGGAAACCCGACUGGCGUGAAGCUUGGAGUUGUCAACGCCGCACAAUCUAUUGGAUCUGUGCUCGCUUUGCCCAUUGUUGGAUAUCUGGCGGAUCGCUUCGGUCGAAAGCCAGUUCUUCUUUCGGGUAUCAUCCUCAUUAUCAUCGCCACCAUCAUCCAGUCUACUUCAAUUAACUUGCCCAUGUUCAUAAUCUCACGGCUGGUAGUCGGUUUCGGUGGCAUGUUCGUGGUACAUCCUAGUCCAAUGCUCAUCGCAGAGCUGGCUUACCCGACGCAUCGCGGGAAGUAUACCUCGGCUUUUUGGACCAUGUAUUAUCUUGGCGCAAUUCUGGCCUCGUGGACGACUUUCGGGUGCCAGGACUACCAAAGCGAAUGGGCAUGGCGUGUUCCUUCCAUCCUCCAAGCCGGUUUCCCACUUGUUCAGCUUUGCUUCUAUGCCUGGGUCCCCGAGUCUCCCAGAUGGCUGGUUGCAAGAGAAAGAACGAAGGAAGCUGCCUUGAUCCUUGCAAGGUAUCACUCAGGCGUUCAAGACCCAGUCGAAGGUCACACACCCCUCGUCCGCCGCGAAGUUGCCGAAAUUGUACAGACGAUUCAACAAGAAAAGACAGCAGAGACAACCGGCUGGAUGGCUCUUGUUGCUACUCCUGGAAACCGGAAGAGAACUUUGAUCGCUGUUUGCGUUGGCGCCUUCGCCCAAUGGAACGGCAUUGGGGUAGUUUCGUACUAUUUAACCCUUGUUCUCAACACCGUCGGCAUUACUGAUACCUUUACCCAAACACUGAUCAAUGGCCUGCUGCAAAUUUUCAACUUCGGUGCAGCCCUCAGUGCUGCGUUCCUAGUCGACCGCCUUGGCCGCCGGACUCUAUUUCUAUGGUCCGGUGCGGGCAUGCUGGUCAGCUACAUCGUCUGGACAGCUUGUUCGGCCGUGAACACGGAGACUGGAUCAAAGCCUGCAGGUAUCGUGGUUGUGGUUUGUCUGUUUACCUUUUAUUUUCACUACGACAUUGCCUACACUCCCCUUUUGCUGGGCUACCCAACGGAAAUCUUUCCGUACUCUCUGCGUUCGAAGGGCAUUGCAGUCGAGCUCUUUGCGAUCUAUGGUUCGCUGAUCAUUGCGGCUUUCGUCAACCCCAUUGGACUCGGAAACAUCGGAUGGAGAUACUACAUCGUUUUCUGUUGUUUGUUGGUCGUCUUUUUCGCUGUAACGUGGUAUCUGUUCCCCGAGACUAAAGGACACAGUUUAGAGGAAAUUGCUGUCCUCUUCGAUGGGCCUCAGGCCAUGGAGAACUUUGAAGACAGUUCUGACUUGAAGGAGGAGACAAUCCUGGCAAAGGGCGGGCUUCAUGAUGUUGUACACAAAGAACGGGCGUAG